CAGGCCGUGGAUGACCUGUUACGGUGCGGGAUAUGCUUUGAUUACUUCAGCAUCGCCAUGAUCAUCCCUCAGUGUUCCCAUAACUAUUGUUCCCUUUGUAUACGCAAGUUUUUGUCCUACAAAACUCAAUGUCCAACAUGCUGUGUGGCAGUCUCGGAAUCUGAUCUGAAAAAUAACCGGACGUUAGAUGAACUCGUAAAGAGCUUUAAUUCUGCAAGACAACAGCUGUUCCAGUUGGUCUUGGAUGCUCCACUGACUUCAUCUCCAUUGGCCCGUAGCAGGCAUUCAGCUGGCAAAAGCCACGUUAGGAGUCCUAUUUCUUGGCCAGUUUUAAAAGAAGAGGUGCCAGUGAUUGACAGUUUCUUGAGAAAGGAAAAAGUUUGCACCUCAACAAUAGCAGACGGCCUGGCAGAAACAGAUCAGAAGAUUUUCAAAACUGAGGAACACCAUAACCUUUCCAGCAGUUCUGCAGAGGUUGAUGGUAAAGACAAUGAAGUGGGAUCACAAGAGACUCCUGAGUGCACCCAAAGUCAGGAAAAGCCUUCUACGUCUAUGGUAAAAGUAGUCAAUAAAGUGGAUUGUCCUGUUUGUGAGGUUGCUAUUCCAGAGCAACAUAUAAAUGUACACCUGGAUAGCUGCUUGACACGGGAAGAGAAGAAGGACAGCCUCAGAAGUUCUGCUCACAAAAGGAAGCCUAUGUCUAAAGUUGUUUACAACUUGCUCUCUGAUCGUGAUUUGAAGAAGAAACUGAAGGAACACGGUCUGUCUACCCACGGGACCCGACAGCAGCUCAUUAAAAGACACCAAGAAUUUGUGCACAUGUAUAAUGCUCAGUGUGAUUCUCUAAAUCCCAAAUCAGUUGCAGAAGUUGUUAAAGAGCUGGAAAAGAAUGAGAAGAUUCGGGUUCAGCUUGAAUUUAACAAAACCAGUGAAAAUAGCUUGAUCUUCACAAAGGACCAGACAGAGGAAGAAAUAGAUGAGAUCCACGCUGAUUAUCGAAACAAACACAGAAGUGAAUUUCAAUUUUUGGUGGAUCAAGUAAAUAAUCGGUGGAAGAAAAGUGGUAAGAGGAAAACAGAAAGUGCGCAAAACAAAGAAGAAGUCACUGUCAAAGAAUUGCCGACGGCCACAGAACAUACGGAGGAGCAUCACCCAGCUAUCGUCCUUGGAAAAUCCCAGAUACCCCCAACAGAAACACCUGAUGGCAACGGAACUGUGUCUCCUUCCUUGGAGGAGGGGCAGAGAUCAGUCUCUCCUGCCUUCUCGCUCUCAGCUGGAUCGACAAGCAGCUCCAGUUCAGACAUUUUGAGGGAUCUGCAAGGGCCUGAGACGUGUUCGACAUCUUCUGACAACAGUUUUCUGGAUCUGAGAUCUCACAAGAGAAAGUCACGUCAGCCCCGAAUGCAAGAAAAUGAUCAACUGCUUCCCAAGAGUAAGCGGAAGAAGAGCUAA